AUGAAAAACUAACAUUUUGGAAAAAUGAAUUCUCAUUUUAAAUCAUUUAUUCAAACUGCAAAAACAGGCACAAGUACAACUGCAAGUAUAAGCUUGACUAAUAUAAAGAAUUCACAAUAUACAGGAUAAAUAUCAAUAGGAGAUCCAUAGAAUGUUUUUAGUGUUAUAUAUGAUACAGGAUCAGCUAACGUAUGGAUAAACUCAAAAAUAUGUAAAGAUUAAGGUUGUAAAAAAAGAAAAUAAUAUGACCAUGAUAGAUCUGAAAAUUAUGAAAGAGAAAAUCUGCAUUUAGAUGUUGAAUUUGGAACAGGAGAAUUAAAAGGUGAAUUUAGUUAAGAUACAUUCUAUUUUGGGGGAAUUUAAAUAGAUAAAUAAGAUUUUAUAGAAAUUGGAGAAGAAAUAGGGAUGGUUUUUUAAGAUUAAUAAUUUGAUGGAAUUAUUGGAUUAGCUUUUCCUAGUAUGGCAGCUUAUAAUAAGAAUUCUAUUUUUGAUAAUAUUAUUUAAUAAAAGAAAUUAAAUAAAAAUAUUUUGUCUUUUUAUAUGAGCAAAAAUUAAGGAAGAAAUGAUUCUUAAUUAACUAUCGGAGGCAUUGAUAAAAGUAAAGUUUUUGGGCAAGUUAAUUAUCAUAAGGUUUUGAAAGAUUACUAUUGGAUUUUUAAAGCUGAUAAUAUUCUUUUAGGAGGAAAAGAUGUUGGUUUAUGUGACAAAGUAUGUUAUUUAAUUGCUGAUACUGGUACUUCUUUGAUUACUGCACCUGAAUAGAAGGCUUUCACUUUAUUAGAACUUAUUAAUGUUAAUGAGGAUUGUUCGAAUAAAUAUUAGAUAAAUAAUCUUGAUCUAACUUUUAUUGUUGAUGGUCAUAAAUAUUCACUUACUCCUUAAGAAUAUAUAAUCGAAGAAAAACUAACACAAGGAUACACAUUUGCAGGAACUUAAAAGACUAUUUGUUAACUUGGAGUUAUGCCUCUUGAUAUUCCUAAUGAUGAAGAUGGAUUUUAAUAUGAAUAAGCUUGGAUUUGUAAAUAUAUGGAAAUAGUAAAAUGA